AAUGACGACAGAGGUCGAUUUGUAGUAUGAAAAUAAAAACAUCUUGAUUAAAGUACACACUGGAAAAGUGUUUGUAAUUUGUGAAGGUUGUGCAAUGUGUGAUUGUUCUUGCUGAAAGCAUGGGCCGUAAGAGCAAGUCUACUGCAAAUAAUCUUGGUAGAGCUUUAAUACGGGAUAGAUUUGGCGGCGCUGGGAAAGUUAGAAGAUCUCGCGAUGGCGAUUCCUUGCUUCACACUUCAGAGAUUGCUGAUGGCUACGAUUGGGGGAGACUUAACCUCCAAUCAGUAACUGAGGAAAGUUCCUUCAAGGAAUUUCUUUCAACGGCAGAAUUGGCAGAGACAGAAUUUCAGGCAGAGAAGCUGAACAUCACGUUUGUGAACCCCAAAAGCAGCAUCGGCUUGCUGUCGCGGGAGGAGCGCGAGAAGGUGAAGCAAUCGCAGGACCGCAAUGCGCAGCUGCUCGGGAUCCCGAGACGGCCCCGCUGGGACGCGGGCACGACCGCCGAGGAGCUCCAGGCCGCGGAGCGCGAGGAGUUCCUGCAGUGGCGUCGCCGCCUGGCGCUCCUGCAGGAGGGGGAGGGCCUGCUGCUCACGCCCUACGAGAAGAACCUCGAGUUCUGGCGCCAGCUGUGGCGAGUCGUGGAGCGCAGCGACGUGGUGGCGCAGAUAGUGGACGCCAGGAACCCCCUGAUGUUCCGCUGCCCGGACCUGGAGCAGUACGUGAAGGAGGUGAGCCCCGACAAGAUGAACAUGAUCCUCGUGAACAAGGCGGACUUCCUGACCGUGCAGCAGCGCGAGGCCUGGGCGCGGUACUUCGCGGGCGAGGGCGUGCCCGUGGCCUUCUUCUCCGCGCUCCUGGCCGGCGAGGAGCCGGGCAUCGAUGACGAGGUCUCGGCGGGAAGUGGAGACCGAGACGAUGGCAGCAGUGAUGGUGACGGACGGGAGGUCGAACCAGAAGGAGCAAUCGCCGCGGGUUGCGACACCGUGCCGGCGACGGGCGACAGCACGGCUCCUGAAGCUGCCGGCGAUGAACACGAGCAGUGCCGAGAACCUACCGUCGGCAGUACGGACCCGGGGGAGCCCACGGCCGCCGCAGACGAAGCAAGUGCUGCGGAGGACACGGACGAGAAGCUCACCGCCGAGAUCCGGGACCAGGCCAAGCUGCUGACGCGCAGCGAGCUGAUAGCUCUGUUCCGAACGCUGCACUCGGGCCCCAAGGUGAUGCCCGGGGUGACCACCGUGGGGCUGGUGGGGUACCCCAAUGUCGGCAAGAGCUCCACCAUCAACUCCUUGAUGAUGCACAAGAAAGUGUCCGUCUCUGCCACACCGGGGAAGACCAAGCACUUUCAGACGCUGUACCUGGAGAAGGACGUGCUGCUGUGCGACUGCCCCGGCCUGGUGAUGCCCAGCUUCGUGCUCACCAAGGCAGACAUGGUGGUGAGCGGCAUCCUGCCCGUAGACCAGAUGCGCGACCACGUGCCGCCCGUCACGCUGGUGGCCAGCCUGGUGCCCCGCCACGUGCUGGAGGCGCGCUACGGCCUCAUGCUGCCCGCGCCGCCCGAGGGAGAGGACCCCGCGCGCCCGCCCACGGCCGAGGAGCUGCUCAACGCGCACGCCUUCAACAGGGGCUUCAUGACACAGAACGGCCUGCCGGACAACCCGCGCUCGGCGCGCUACGUCCUCAAGGACUUCGUGAGCGGGAAGCUGCUGUACUGCCACGCCCCGCCGGGCUGCAACCAGGCCUCGUACCACGCCUUCCCUGACGCCGUGCCAUCGGGCGGCGCACGGCAGAUCAGCUCCACCGCCGCGCGCAUGACCAAGCCCGUGAAGGUGUCGUCUGCAGACCUCGACAAGGUGUUCUUCAGGAAGACCGUGCCCGGGGUCCACCAGAGGGGCGUCCCCCCGCAGCCCGGGACAGCUCAGCCGCCGGACCAGGACGACGACGGAGGAGCCUCUGCGUCCGGCUCGUCUGCCAACCCACAGCAGCGACCCAAGCCCUGGAGGAACCACCAGUACAAGCGCAACAAGCGCGAGAAGCUCAGGAAAGUGUACAGCCACCUGGACCAGUAGCCAAUGAGAGCAGCCGUCACGUUCAGCACAAACCUACGCCGACCCCAAACAUUGUUGUGUAUAUACGCAUGUACUCUGGUGCCUCUCUACCUCGGAGCUUGCAAAAUAUUAAAAAGCUGUGACAUUAA